UCACACACCGAGAGAGGAGGAGUCAACUGACAGUCCGUUCCAGGGUUCUACACUCACUCGUUCUCUCUCCCACCCACCCAGGCUUGGAGGUACAGGUCAUUUCAUCUCCUCCUUAACCCGGUGCUAUCACUGUGCGGUCUUGGCUGUGAGCCACUUCUGCAGUCAUGGCUCCCAAGAAGAACAAGGCAAAUAAAAAGAACAAAGGAGAUAUAAAUGAAAUGACCAUCUUAGUAGAUGACGGGCCCAUAAACAAAAUGAAUGGCCUGAACGCUCUGUUAGAGGGCGGCAAUGGCUUCAGCUGUAUCUCUACUGAGGUGACUGACCCAGUGUACGGGCCAAGCCUUUUGGAAGGACUGUCUACCAUGAGGCAAGAUAGCUUCCUGUGUGACCUGACUGUUGUCACCAAGUCCAAGUCCUUUGACGUUCACAGAGUCGUGAUGGCCUCCUGCAGCGAAUACAUCCGUAAUGUGUUGAAGAAGGAUCCUUCUCUCCAGAAGCUGGAUUUUGCUGAUAUGUCCCCCGUUGGCCUAGCCACAGCUAUCACGUACGCCUACUCGGGAAAGCUGACCUUGUCUCUGUACACUAUCGGGAGCACCAUCUCUGCCGCCAUCUUCCUGCAGAUCCAUAGCCUGGUGAAGAUGUGCAGUGAUUUCUUGACUCAGGAGAUCAGUGUGGAGAACUGCAUGUAUGUGGUGAACAUCGCAGACACAUACGGACUGAAAAGCACCAAGGAGGCCGCACAGAAGUUCAUGCGGGAGAAUUUCAUUGAGUUCUCAGAGAUGGAGCAGUUCCUGAAGCUCACCUAUGAGCAGAUCAGUGAAUUCCUCAUGGAUGACUCCCUGCAGCUGCCCUCUGAAAUAACCGCAUUCCAGAUUGCGAUGAAGUGGCUCGACUUUGAUGAGAAGAGGCUGAAGUAUGCCGCCGACCUUCUGACGAACAUCCGUUUUGGUGUCAUCUCUGCUCAAGACCUAGUGAGCCAUGUCCAGAGCGUGCCCAGGAUGAUGCAAGAUGCGGAAUGCCACCGGCUGCUGGUUGAUGCCAUGAAUUACCACCUGCUGCCCUAUCAACAAAAUAUCCUCCAGUCAAGAAGAACCAAGGUGCGUGGAGGCCAGCAAGUUCUCCUCACAGUGGGUGGGAGGCCAGCUUUGACGGAGAAGUCACUUAGCAAAGAUGUCCUUUACAGAGAUGUCGACAACAUCUGGAACAGGCUUACUGAAAUGCCUGCAAAGAGCUUCAACCAGUGUGUGGCUGUCUUGGACGGAUUUCUUUAUGUUGCCGGAGGUGAGGACCAGAAUGAUGCCAGAAACCAAGCCAAACAUGCUGUUAGCAACUUUUGCAGGUAUGAUCCCCGAUUCAACACUUGGAUUCAUCUGGCCAACAUGAUUCAGAAGCGCACUCACUUCAGUCUGAAUACCUUCAAUGGCCUCAUUUUUGCCAUAGGAGGACGAAAUUCAGAAGGAAGCCAGGCAUCUGUUGAGUGUUAUGUGCCCUCCUCCAACCAGUGGCAGAUGAAGGCCCCCAUGGAGGUGCCGAGAUGCUGCCAUGCUAGCACAGUCAUUGAUGGCAAGAUCUUGGUCACUGGAGGCUACAUCAACAAUGCCUACUCCCGUUCGGUUUGCUCCUAUGACCCUUCCACUGACACCUGGCAGGACAGGAACAGCAUGAGUACACCCAGGGGCUGGCACUGUUCUGCCACCGCGGCUGACCGUGCCUACGUCGUUGGGGGUAGCCAGCUCGGAGGCCGUGGGGAGAGGGUGGAUGUCCUCACGGUAGAGUGCUACAAUUCCCACACUGGCCAGUGGAGCUGCACGGCUCCACUGCACACGGGGGUUAGCACGGCCGGCAUCGCCACCUUGAAUGGCAAGAUCUACCUCCUAGGGGGCUGGAACGAGGUGGAGAAAAAGUACAAGAAGUGCGUCCAGGUUUACAACCCAGAUCUCAACGAGUGGACUGAAGACGACGAGUUGCCGGAAGCAACCGUCGGCAUCUCGUGCUGCAUGGUCACCAUACCCACUCGCAAGACCCGUGAGAGCAGGGCUAGCUCAGUGUCAUCAGCACCAGUCAGCAUAUAGAAGCCAUGCAAUUCCAACAAUAUAGUUCAGAAGCAACUGAGAGCAAAGCAAAGAAACCCAAAGUGCUAUUCAAUUUAGUAUUUGACUAUACUAGAAAGCAUUGCAUAUGUACUUAAUUUUUUAUUUAUUAAAAAUGCAUUUAAGAUAAAGAGUCAUUUUUAUAUAUGGUAUGUGGCUAAGUCAAAAAGAAUCCACAAUAAUUUGUUUUCAUUCAAAUACAGAUUAUUGCGGACACUUCUGAAUUUAACCUUGUACACCUUGUCUCUAAAAGCAUUAUUUAAAUAACGAUUUAAAUAAUAUUGAUAAUAACUAAUGCAUUUAAUGUACACAAAGGUUCGUAAAGGUGACAUCACAAUGUGUCCUCUGUGAAGUCAUUUUAAAAAUUCACAUUCAGGUUACAACAUUACUUGAUGCUCUUGGCACAAAUCGACCGUUGAUUUUCUGACUAGUUUUUAUUAUGUACGAUGUGAGUUUGUGUGUUCUUUAUAACACAUAAAAACAUGUUUCAAUUAAAUUUUUUUGGUUUAUAAUAUGAACUUAAAACACUUAAAUGAGUGUUUUUUUUUCCCUCUGGGGCCAAUUAUACAUUGAUUUUAACUGAUUUCUGUAUAAUUUUACAGUCAUUUCCUCCAUAGAUCUCCAGGCUAUAGAAUAUGCUGUUAUGUUUCAUUUGCGUGAUUAAAUUAAAAUAAAACCUAUUAGGCUUCCUAGCUCCUGGAGUACCUGCAAGCUUACAGGUUACUCUGUCACCUUGCAAAUUUGCUGAAGUAAGACGCACAGAAAUCGAGGGACGCUUAAAGCUGCGAGAAACAUUUGAAAUGCGUCAAAAUGUGCCACAGUAUCAGAGAAACGUGCCCAAGUUUUUAGAUCCCCGAAAAUCAUUUGAGAGAUGAAAAAUGGCCAUAUUUUCAAAGUUACUAUCCCUUGCACAUCGCUCCAAAUCUCUGUUAGAUUAAAACUCUUCACGAAGUAACUAAAAAUGUCCCAAUGCCAUUUGCGUGCAUCAAAAUACGCAAAAUCAUGCUGCGAAAGCACAAAAAAUGUGGCUUGAAUGGUGGCUAUGAAAGUGCAGAAUGGUGAAUGUGUUUUGUUAAACGAAGGAAACAUGAGUAGUUACUAAAACAAGUUAGUAGCCUGGGCUGAUUCAGGGUUGAGAUCUUCUUUAUCGUAAUGCUUCUCAAACCCUCUGACAGUUCAAGUUUGCAAUAAUUUCUUUAGCUGAAAAUUAAUAAUUUGAAACUUUUGCGCGUACCACGGAUGUAGGACAUGUGAGCUGAAUUGGUGUCAUAAAUGGUGUAUGAUUUUUGUUUUUUUUUUUGAACUCCAUUUAUGGAAGUGCCUGAUUCGGUUCCUAUCAUAUCCCGCAUCAGAUCCUCCUAAGUAUAAUAACCUUCAUUAAAGAUGCCAGUGAAAACAA